CUCUGCAAGUCGACCGGCAGUAACAACACUGGCAACUGCGCGGGAUUAAGUGAACCACAACAUCGUUGCAAUGAGUUCUUUGGAGAUUGUGUUAAAGAUAUAAACAUGCAGGGGAAACCUUUACUGGAGUGACACCACAGCUGGGAUUACCCAGACACACAAUGAUGCAGCUGUUGGUGUGUGUACUCUCUACAUUAGUGGCCACAGCUGUGGGCAAGUUUAACUGUCGUCGGGACGAGAGCAUGUGUCUCAAUGACUCCAACUGCAACGAUGACGACGGUAUCUGUCAGUGCUCUGCACUCUACAGCGGAGUCGACUGCAGCAUCGUGGAAGCUGAAAAAGAACAAAGUCUGUGCUCAUCCGGUCCUUGUCUUAAUGGCGCCACGUGCAGCUCAGACUCGUCAACAUACAAGUGCCACUGUACGGAUAAUUACUUUGGAACAAAUUGCGGAACUUUGAGAUACAGCAUCAUCUGCGUUUCGACACCAACGCCUCGGAUGACGCUCAGGAUAACGCCGCAAGUCCCAAGUUUUAAUGGCACAAUCUUCGUUGAAGGGAAGGUCAAAACUACAGCAUGUCACAUGACCUUAGUAUCUGGCACGACCCAGACGUACGAGCUGACCCUCACUCACAUUCACAGCACGUGCGGGAACGCUGUCCACAACGCCAGUACCGACUCCAACACUAGGAAGUUUUACGUUUUGUUUGCCAGCAACAGCAUCGUGUUGACGUCCGACGAGGUGGUGACUGCUAUCUGCGACGACACCCACAGCACAGCAGUCACCUUCCAACUCAGCAACAUCGACAUUGACGGUAUCUUGAGUCCUGUCGGGGUGGACAUGAGCAUCAAAGAUGAAGACGUGAAUCUAACGCUGACGGUAUUAGGCAGCCCCGUCUCCAGCAGCGUCAACCUGGGUGACGACAUCAACGCUACUAUAGAAAUGACGGUCGCUGGUAUGCUUAAGUUUGAGGCCCUCCGUGUCGAAGGUUGUGUAGCCAGCAACACACUGACAGGCGGAGACUUGAAGUCGGUCAGAUUCAUCGCGGCCAGCUGUCCAUCCAGCGACGUCGACAUCGUCAUGAUACAGAAGCCAAAGAAGGACUCUGAUACCAAGGUGAGCUUCGUCUACGACGCUUUCAAGUUCACCAAUCAGGACGCGGUGUCGGUGACGUGCACUGUCAAGAUGUGCACAGAGGCGACCACGUGUGGAGCGGUCCAGUGUGGUAGCGAGUCCCAGCCCUACACCGGUUACGGGAGGAAGAAGAGAGUGGUACAGUCAGGCAUUUUCCUGGAGAAGACGGUCCGGACGACAUACCGUGUACAGACGGUCGGCGUACAGCGCACCAACAGUACUCAAGUACAAGGCAUCUUCGUUAGCAACAGAGGAAAUGACGUCCCACUGAGCUUCAACAUAGUUGGUUCGGCAAUUGUUCUUGUGCUGUUUUUAUGA